AUGAUGGAUCCCGAUUUGAUCAGAAUCGCUCAGGAGCAGAUGAGUCGCAUGUCCCCUGCUGAGUUGGCUCGGAUCCAACAACAGAUGAUGUCUAAUCCAGAGCUGAUGAGGAUGGCCUCGGAGAGCAUGAAGAACAUGAGUUCUGAAGACUUUAAACUUGCUGCUGAGCAGUUAAAGCAUACCCGUCCGGAAGAAAUGGCUGAGAUUGGGGAGAAGAUGGCUAAUGCCUCCCCUGAUGAAGUGGCAGCUAUGCGAUCCCGGGUUGAUGCCCAGAUCAAAUAUCAGUUGAGUGCAGCUGAGAUGUUGAAGAAGCAGGGCAAUGAACUUCAUAGUCAAGGAAAGUUCGGUGAAGCUUUGAAGAAGUAUAUGCUUGCUAAAGAAAACAUUAAAGAGAUUCCAUCUUUCCAAAGUAGAAAGCUUCUUUUGGCAUGUUCUCUCAACUUGAUGUCCUGUUACUUGAAGACAGGGCAGUAUAAUGAAUGCAUAAAAGAAGGUUCUGAGGUUCUGGCAUAUGAGGCGAAGAACCUUAAGGCUCUGUAUCGAAGAGGUCAAGCAUAUAAGGAACUAGGUCUAUUAAAUGAUGCUGUUUCUGAUCUGACCGAGGCACUUGAAGUGUCCCCUAAUGAUGAUAUAAUUGCAGAGAUUUUAAGGGAUACCAAGGAAAAAUUGACAAUGGAAGGUGGUGAGCAAGCAUCUAGAAGAACGGGACUAGUAAUUGAAGAAAUAACUGAAGAAGUUGAGCAUGUGCCAUCUGGAAGCUCUUCUUCGAAACAAACAAUAGUUCAACCGAAAAAAUCUGGUGACUCCUCUAAGAGUAGCAGUACUGCUAACAAUGGAAAUCCAAAAUCAAAUGUAGACAGUUUCGAAGCAUUGAGAAAAGAUCCUGAAGCUGUCAGGUCAUUCCAGAACUUCAUUUCAAACACCAAUCCUGCCACGCUGGCUUCUUUGAAUGCUGGACAAUUCAAAGAUGUAUCCCCAGAUAUGAUCAAAACUACUUCUGAUAUGAUUAGUAAGAUGUCGCCCGAUGAACUGCAAAAAAUGCUUGACAUGGCUUCUUCAUUUCAAGGGGACAAUCCAUAUUUCAGAGGAGGUCCCCCUGAUUCUUCUUUCAACCCAGGAUCAAUGCCUCCCAAUGUGACACCUGACAUGUUUAAAGCAGCAAGUGAUAUGAUAAGUAAAAUGCCAGCUGAUGAGCUUAAGAAGAUGUUUGAAAUGGCAUCCUCACUGAAAGGGAAAGAAUCUAUUCCAUCGGCGGCAGCAGUAGAUGAGAUCAAAAGAAAUGUUUCUCAGUCGAACUUCCCAUCAUCAAGUACUAAUGAAACUAUUAAUUUUGGGGAAUCAAGUUCUUCUCAUAAUGUGUUUCCAAAUAUGAGAAGUGCUUCUGAGUCAAACUUUUCUUCCUCAAGUACUGAUCUACAAGAACAGAUGAGAAACCAGAUGAAAGAUCCAGCUAUGCGGAAGAUGUUCACAUCCAUGAUUAAAAAUAUGAGCCCAGAAAUGAUGGCAAACAUGGGUGAACAAUUUGGUGUUAAGCUUUCACCAGAAGAGGCAGCAAGAGCUCAGGAAGCCGUGUCAUCCAUGUCACCAGAGAGCUUGGAUAAAAUGAUGCUUUGGGCAGACAGGGUUCAAAGAGGAGUUGAAUCUGCAAGAAAGACAAAGAACUGGUUGCUAGGGAAACCUGGCAUGAUCUUUGCAAUAUUCAUGCUCAUUUUGGCUGUUAUUCUUCACCGGUUAGGCUUCAUUGGUGGCUAG